GGCUCUUUGACACCAAGGAGAGCCUGGACACCACCUGCAGGGAGAUCAGCAGUGCGUCCUGUCCUUGGCCCCGGGGCCCCACACCGUCGUCAUGUUGAUGCAGUUGGACCACUACACGGAGGAGGAGCUGAAAAACAUCGCGCUGAUCAAGAACCUCUUUGGAAAGUCAGUCAUGAAGAACAUGAUCAUCUUGUUCACACGCAAGGAAGAUUUGGGAAAUGGUAACAUAAGUGAGUUUAUAGCACAGGCACAUGUGAAUCUCAGAAGCAUGGUCGAGGAGUGUGGGGGCCGCUGCUGCGCCUUCAACAACAGGGCUGAGGAGGCCGAGAAGGAGGCUCAGGUGCAGGAGCUGGUGGGGCUGAUAGAGAAGAUGGUGCAGAGCAACGGAGGGGCCUGCUUCUCUGACAACAUCUACGAGGACAUAGAGAAAAAUAUUAAUGAAAAAAAAGAGAACUUGAAGAAAAUCUGCACAGAUCAAUUAAAUAAUGAAAUGAAACUGGUAGAAGAGGAAGAUGCUGAUAAAUCCCCGGAAGAAAGGGAAAGAAAAAUCUCAGAGCUGCGGAGGCGAUAUGAAGACCGAAUGAAAAACGUAGAGGAAGAAGCCAGGCGCGGUGUGUUUGACGACAUUGUGAAUAUGAUCAAGAAGAUGCUGUCAGGAAUACGGCACAUGUUUGAGAAGUGAUGUCAGCCUCAGCUUCCUUCCCAGUCUGCGGUGACGCUAAUGGGGUACGUGCGUCCCCACGUGAGGCCGUGGCAGUGUCUCCUGUCUUCCUUGUCCCUGCACCCUGACCUUGUUUCCUGCCGUUGAGCAGUGGGGUCUGUGUCCCUCCCUGACGUGGGUGAACAGCAGGUGGCUGACGCAGCCCCAGGGACUUCUCAGGUGGAGACAGAACCUGCCCCCUGCUCCCUUGGGUGCUCGCCCUUGGACUUGGCCCCUGAAAGCCCCCGAGAGGACUCCAAGUCUC